UUAGUUGCAUUACAUUUUAUGCAUUUUCUAUUUUGUGACUAACAGCAUGUUCGAUUAAUAUUAUGCUUUAUCGCAGUAAUGGUUCUAGUAGUUACGUGUUGUAAGCACGCAUGUGCGACAGUCAGACGUUCGCAUCCAGGGACACUCAGACUCACACAUGUAUGUGUUGUACCCUCUUUCUGUUGAAUCCGAUAGAAAAUAUGCCUAAAUUAAUUAUUUGACAAUUUUUCGACGGUCGGUCCCCGUACUCCUUGUAUAUGCAGAAAUAAAGGUCUAUCUCUGUUACGUCGUUGUAGUUGUGCGCCUGGAAGCAUUCAUGAGUGAACCACUUUGAUCUUGAACAUCAGCGGAGCGGACAUGUGUAAAACAAGGGUCGCAUUAUUUUUUAACCCGCUUCGGAAAACGAUACCUCCCCUGCCCCUCCAACAGAAGCCCCUUCUCAUCAGCCUCCGGCUCAAUUUCUAUGAAACCGUGGCAAAAACACACACUAUUAUUUAUCGGAACAAAACGUGAUAAUGCCACUAAUGUGUAAGACGCGGGCAAAGUGUCCCUUUCUUCGCCUGCAUUGGUUUUAACCCUUAAGGAACCCAUCAGCAGGCCUGGCUGGAGUGACUUUGUGGUGUAAAACGACAUAGCUUACACAAGACAAUCAACUGACCCACAUGCGCAAAGGUAGUCAGCAUCACCAUCAUAUGAAAACAAUGGUUGCGAUAUGCACGCGCGAUAUGGUCAGAUUUAAUGUUUUUGGUUUUUGCUGCAGGGCAUUCGUUAUUACAGGUGCAGGCCUUACUGCUCACAUUAUAUUGACCGGGACUAAUUUUGCUGAUAAUUAUCGUCCUGUUAUAACUUUAUAUUUUAUGACAGUGACGUAAAUAAAGUUAUAUUAUAGGCCACGUAGAAGACAUAUAAAAAGGCUUCAUGUAAUCAAGUGUAUUCAACAGCUUACAUCCCAGCGGUGUUGUGGCCUAUUCUGGCAAAAACACGUGUCUGUUUAACCUGUUUGCAUCCACGGUGCCAGUCUGCACCAUUGCAGACUGCGCUAUGCUUAUUUUGUGCUUGUGCCUGGGUCUUGUAUAAUUAGCCCUUCAAAUGACCCUGGACUGAGCCAUUACUCCACUUACCACAUGAAUAGGGCCUAUGUGAAACACUGUCAACUGUCGAAAGAAGUGGGAGUUGUUUUAAGGGACAUGAUGAUCUACAUAGGCACAGAAAGCCAUUCAGCCACUGCAGACAGAAGUUUACAAAUUCCAUGUAGACUCACAGAGAAGAGUUUAGAGUUAAGCAUGCUUCUGGCUCUUUGUUUUUGUCAUAGCGGAACAGUAUAAUUAAUGCAGUCGAAAAAGGGCACUUUAUUGGCUAUUUUAGGCUUAAUAGACAACAUUAUAGACAACAUGCGAUUAUUAUGUCAAUAUUAUUUAGCGAAUCAUUUUUAUUUCCCUUUAAAUUAAACAUUUAUUUUUCCAUGUUUUUUAAGCACUUUUUUGAGGCCACUCCACAAUUUGGUACCAUGCAAGUCUUGGGAUCAUAAUCCUUAUCAUUGCCAUCCUUAUUAUCAUUAAUGUCAUUACCAAUAAUAACAUUCAUGUAUUUGUGGAUUCAGCCAGAGGCCCUGGAGUAAUAUUCUGGACCAUGCUGCUUAUUGUUAGUAAUUUGGUGACAAUUAUGAUGGUGCCAAGUGACCAGUGCAAAAGGCAUUGUUAUAAAUGUAGUUUGUUGGUUUUGUGUGUGUGUGUGUGUAUGUGUGUGUGUGCAUUUGUAUGUGUGCGUUUGUGCAUGCUGUGGUCUCUACUGAAAAAAUGUCCCUCUUGGUGCGCAUAAGUGUGCUGCCGAGGUGUUUGCUGAGUGAGUGAAUGUGAAGACAGUAAUGUUGACUCAUACCAUGACAAAACUGGGUCAACAUAACGCCCUGACAGGGCAUACAGGCGGGAAAAAAUUGGAUGAGGCUCUGGCACCAGUCUUUCCACCUGGAUGCACGUAUGUGGAAUAUGGUGUAUAUGGUGUGCUUUGUCCAUGAGUUUGGCAUGUGCGUUGUGCCUGUGUGUGCUUGAGUUGCUUCGCUACGUACCCCAUUUCUCUGACCUCCUGAGUUUUCCUGCCUCAUAAGUUUCAAAUGGAAAUGUAAAUUGUCUUUUUUUCUCUCUUUUCUUCUCUUCUUCACUUUCUUUCACACACACCACACACGCACAUACACACACACACACAUGCACGCACGCACACACAGCUUACUCAGAUGCCUCCUCUCCCUCUUGACGAGCGCAUAGUGAGCAUUCAGCGCCCCAAGAGCUUGGCCCUGCACGGGGGAUCCCCCCAGACCAGCCUUCAGCACCCCCAAAACGCCUCUGCCCGCAGCUGCCCCACACAACCUCAGCCACCUCACCCCCACCCCUGCCCUUCCUCCUCCGUCUCCUCAACUUUGGAACACAAGCGCAGGUCUCCUCUCCUGCGGAGAGCCGAAGAGGACGGAGACCUCGAUUCCGGGUGGAGCAGCACCUUCAGCCACAGGCAGAGUGAUGCCACUCUAGGGCCGGGGAAACACAAGCGCACGCACACCAUAGACAUCCAGCUCUCCCUGGGCAGAGGAGGAGGUGCUGGGGGCGGUGGGACCGUUUUGGAUAAAGGGGAGAACAUCAGCGUGAGCCGUGGUGGUACUGUGAAAGGGAACAAGGAGAAGAGGCUGUCCUUGCACCUGGAGCUGGGCCAGGGGGACGCUAAACGUGGGGAGACAUCGGGGAAGUCUGGUGGGCCAGCGCAGCAGCUCCAGAGUCACCCGCGCAACCAGGACCAGGGCAGGGCGCAGGGAGGGAGCCGCCUCCAAAGCCAGCUGUCCGUGUCCCCGGGAGGGCUCCUGGGAUUCGUCCCGGCUCAGGGCCAGUAUCCCGAGUUCCGGAGCUUGAGAGACACGCCCUUGCCCCACCAGUCCUACCGUCCCAGCGACACUUUCUCCUCCCGUGUCCACCAGGAGGCGCUGUGUGUGGGUAACAAAGAGAACUCCAAACUGGGACCCAUACACAACCCCCCACACCCCCACAGUCUGCCCCGCUACCACAGUUCCACUCCCUCAACCCUAGCCUCCGCCACCUGCUACCCCACAGUUUCCCGCCUCUCCUCUCACGCCCCGCCCCCACCAUCCUUUCACCAGGUCACUCAGCCCCGCUCGUCCCGCAGCCGCGAGUACCCCACCCUGCGCCUCCGCGACCUGCCCAUCUCGCCCAUCCUGCCCAGCCCCUCCUGCGCGGACGGCUUCCCCAGCCCGGACCACACCUGCACCAUCGACUUCUCGCAGCCCUUCAGCUGUGGCUGCUGGAGGCUGGUGCGCUGCGGGGGUGGAGAGAGCCGCUCGGCGGGACGCCAGGGGGCCGGCGGGAGCCCCUCUUCCUCCCUUCCCCGCGCCCGAGGGGGAGGAGGUGCAAGCAGCAGCGGCCGCGGCAGAGGGGUCUCAUCCGGAACCAUGGGCCUGAGGACACUGGGCGGGUGCCUGUCCACCUCCUCCACCCCCAACACCUCCUCCUCCAACAGCGUGGUGUCGGACUGCCGCGCAGGGCUCCUCAGGCCCCUCAGAUGCGCCUCCUGCUCUGGGGAAGUGGGAGGCUACGAGAGCCCCUCUGCCUUCCGCAAAAAACUGGUGGGCGGGUGCCUGCCCUGCACCCCUCUGUCUUCCUCUCCCUUGCGGGCUCUCCAGAGCUGCGUGGGCGGCUGCAACCCCAAAGCCAGUCAGACCGGCAGCUCCACCUGCAGCUACUGCAGCAGCGACCCCAUAGUGGUGACCUUCAACCCCCGCCGGGGGAAGCCGCCCGGCAUGGGCAUGGGCAGGGGCGCCGGGGCGCACACGGCCUCGGGGGGGUUCAUGGCCGACGACGACGAUUACAGCGUUCGCACAAUCUGGCCGGAGGAGCUGGCUAAAAAGAUGACGAGGUCCAAAACCCAGCCGGGCCACGGCGGCGUGGGAAUGGGCCUGGGCCCUGGCAGUGUCCACACCCACCACAGCCAGAGUGACAUCAACGGCACCAGCCCUGUAAUCCUGGACUGCCGGAACCUCCUGGAGUUCACGCGCUCUCAGCUGACGGACAACGCGGGCCGCCGGCGCCUCCAGCAGGGCAAAAUGGCCGUCCUGGACUUCAUCGGGUCUGGCCAGGACACGGGCCGGGACUCCCUGAAGAGGCUCUGGAACAAGGGGGCUGACAUGGGGGAAUUCAAUGGGCUAGAUGAUGAAAUGGGCUUUCCCCGCUCCCCCUCUCCCCGCUCCCCCUCUCCCCAGUCCCCUCCGUCCUACUCCCCCCUGCCCUCAGCCCACACCACCCUCACCAGGCCCAAGACCAGAGAGGGCGGACACACCCUCCCCUCUGCCCACUCCCUCCACCUGGUCCUGAACUCGCUCAACAGGGAGCAAGACGAGGAGAACGAGAGAGUGCACCUCUCUCUCCCGCUCUCCUCCUCGCUCCCUGCCUCCCUGUCGGACGAGAGCGUGAUGACUCCGGACGUGGAGAAUGCCACCAUCAGCCCCAUCUUGCCUUUCCUGUUCCUCGGCAACGAGAGGGACGCCCAGGACCUGGACCUGCUGCUGCGCCUCAACAUCGGCUUUGUGGUCAACGUCACCACCCACCUGCCCCUCUACCACCUGGACUCCGGCCUGGUCCGCUACAAAAGGCUACCAGCCACGGACAACAGCCGGCAGAACCUUCGGCAGUACUUCGAGGAGGUGUUCGAGUUCAUCGAGGAGGCUCACCAGACUGGCCGAGGAGUGCUGGUACACUGCCAGGCGGGCGUGUCCCGCUCAGCAACCAUAGUCAUCGCCUACCUGAUGAAGCACACCCUCAUGACCAUGAUGGACGCCUACAAGUACGUCCGAAGCCGGCGGCCUGUGGUCUCGCCCAACCUCAACUUCAUGGGCCAGCUGCUGGAGUUCGAGAGGGACCUCAAUUCCGGCAUCACGCCCCGCAUCCUCACCCCGAAACUCAGCGGCCUGGAGACGCAGGUCUGAAUGAGGGGAGACCAAGGAGGAGGAUGUGGAGGGAGGGAAGGGAUGAGUUACUAUACAAUGGUGGAGUGGAGAUAUUGGGAACGGCUGAUAAACAUUAUCUGUUAGUAUUUAUGAUAUAUAUUAUAUGCACUAGACAGUUGGGUGUUGAAGGGAAGAAUCGAACUGGAAGGAUAGCGGAGAUGCAGACUGAGGACGAGGAAUGUUUUUAAUGAAGAGAACAGAGGUUUUGAUGACUGGUAAUUUUAUCCUAAUCCGAGACUGAUUAUUCUGUUUAAAAAAGUAGUUACACAUGGAAGGAAGGAAGAAAUGGGUAAGGUUCAGCAUGACAUUAUUAUUGUCACUUAUUAUGAGAUGCUUGUGAUCAGGUCAUAUGACCAAAAUAGAAUGAAAUCUAUUUAAACCCAACUAAACCUUGAGAUUGAGAGUUCGGUGGGAGGGGGUCAAGGGUGAAACCUCAGUUGAAUUACCAGCAAGCCUGACCCUUCCCUUUAAUUUUUAAAAUGUGCCAACUUUUGUAAUGAUACGAAAAACACUCAUACCUUCUAUUGCCUCUGACUCCUCUCAAUGUAUAGAGAAUUAUAAUAGUGUUACCAGUAGUAUACGUAAAAACACAAUGCAAUACUGUCAAAAGAGUACUGAAAAAAAGAGUAUGCAUACAUGCAGAGCAAGUUGGGACACUCAGCAUAAAGGCCCGAACAGUAAAGUAUCACAGUACUCUGAAUUGCACAAUAUUUUACUGGACGAAACUAUGCUAAAGUGUCUCAGACUGAGAGCUUAUUUCAUUGCACUUUAUUCUCUUAUUAAGUUGAGUCAAAAUUGCUUUUUGUCAAAUGGAGCAAUGCAGAAAAUUGUUAUUGAUUUUAUUAUAUAAAUGCAUGGAGACAAGGUCAGCUUGUUCUCUAGCAUUUUAGAUUGGGGGCCCCCUACUGCACAGGAGGAAAAAUGGAUGUUUUUUUUGAAAGGGUAUGCAAAACUGUAGAUAUGUGUGUUAAGAGUGGCAGAGGAGAAUGGGACUGCAUGAGUAUGUUGGAUCUGAAUGAUUUGCCUCACACUGGAUUUGUUUUCUUCAGGUUCUUCAGCAAACUGAAGAAAUGUGUAUUACAGUGGAUUGAAGUCUAAUUUAAAUGUAAAGAUCAAAUUGGGCUAAAUGAAAAAAGAUAAACUUUGAGCCCAGUUUAAUCACUUACAGAUGGUACAAUGGCUGUCACAAGUGGGCAAAAAACAGAUGAGGAUACUAUUGUGUGUAGGAAACACUUUUCAAAAUUGUGUGUUUCAGUUUCGAAGAGCUUUUUAUUUGUUAAGUAGUAGUGUCUCCUCUCAAUAUACAUAUAUAUUCUGAAGUAUGAAAUGUUACUUUUUUGUUUUGUGUACAUUUGUUUAUUUGUGGUUUGCUUUUAUUUUUUGAGUCAAAAUGAAAAAAGGAGGGAACCAAAAGAAAUAUAACUUUUUUGAGAAGAUGUGGAACACACAUGAAAACUUUUGAACUAAUAGAUUUUUUACGCUGUGGAGACUGCUGUAUGUAUCCACCCAUCCGAUGGUGUGUGUGUCUGUGUGUCUGUCCAUCCGCCCAUUAGUCUUCCUAUAAAUCUAAUGCUUCCCACCAAUUUCAUCAUUUUUCCUCUUGCUUACAUUUUUUUCCAUAAUGGAAAAGCGGUGUAUUAUGUUUGUGUUGGCUCACUAUCCCUCUUAAGACAAGAGCUAUUCUACUGAAACUCAGGAUUCUAAGUACCCUAACCCAAGCACUGUUAAGUACUGUAAAUAUUUUAGAAUAUUUCAGUAGGUAAAGUCAGUCAAUUAUAAAUAAUUUAUUUGGACAGGUGAAAGAAACUAAGGAAGGGACACCGUAUAAUUAUGACAAACAGAACUAUCAUUCUGUAUUCCGCAUCGCACUAGUCAUUUUCUGUUCUUCCCUGGCUUGCUUCAAGCAUUUCUUUCUCCCUUUUCCUUUUCUUCUACCCUCCCUCUGUGUCUCUGUCUCUGAAAAACUAUGCAUCAUUACUGCAUUUAUUUAAUCUAUGAGAAGGGAGGCUUUAUUAAGUUCACUGUGAAUUGCACUCUUCUUAUACAUUGUCACUUCCCAGCCCCUUAUUCCUUGAACUUGUCUUCCUACCCCCCCCACCCCUCCAUUUUAUUCUGUCACUCCUGGGGGGGGGGGUUCCUAACAUUUCUCGGUGAACUCAGCUUCAGUUUCACAGAACCACUCCUGUACUAUUCUUUAUCUGCUGCACUUAAAAGCCUUUUGGCUUGUGGUCUUCUGGGUUCCCUGUACCAGGGAGUCUGUUAAGCAGGCAGUGAUGCAUGACAGACAAUCUAUAGGCACUUGCUGGGCAUUUUUGUUUUAAAUGAUACAAAUCAAAGUAAUUGAAUAGCAUUGUUCUUAGAAUCCUUUUGUGGAUUUGUGCUGUUCUUGUAUAUUAUUUACAAAUUGAAAAUGUUCCACCAGUUUUUCAGUGAUGUUCUUGUUUAGUUUUGUUUUGUUUUGUGGCUUGAUUUGUUUUAUAUGCAUUAUUUACUCAUUAUAGAUUAAAAAGGUUCAGUUUAAGAAGCUGUUAAACAUUCAUUCCCAGCUAAAAGAGAACAUGGUUACAAUUCUGUUUUAUGUGUAAAGAGUUGCAACAGUAAGACUGUGAGAACAACUGAAUCCUUCUGGUGUAUGUGCUGUUUAGUCUCUGUGUAUUAACUCAACAAACCACUGGAAACAAGCUUACUUUAUGCACCUGUUAUAUUGUUUUAUUACUUACCAGGGCUUUGCAAACCUUCAGUUAACAUGAAAUCACCUACAACAACAGAUGCAUUGAAAACUUGAACUUUUGUACUUUCUCAAGAAAAUAGGAAUAAUCUUACAGCUUGCUUUUUCUGUUUUGGAGGGCAUUUUUUGAAAGGGAUUUUGUUUUAUGCACUGAGACUGCCCUGUUGGAUUGAACUGAAAAGGAAAAAUAAUCCAGAUUAGGGAAUAUUUAAGGUAUGAAAUGGCAGAAACAAACAAAAUUGAAAACCAGGAAUGCCUUUGGUAAGGUGAUGGAUAACCUUGUCUUCCAAACGAAGGUAGCAUCUAGAGAAAUUUAAGUAAAGAUAGUGUGUCCCUAAAGCUGUAAAUUAAUGAUUUGUUUUAUCCCUUUCCUUUUUAUGUUUUUGGUUUGAGAAACACAGCUGUUAAAGGGAAUUUCCUUUUAUGUUGGAGACAAUUUUGGAGAAAUUGUAUGUGUGGGUUUAUAGCUUUGCUUAAGUGUAUAUAUAAGUGGUGACUGGGUUUUUUUGUAUGUGUAUGUGUGUUGUGUGUGUACAGGUAUGUAAGUGUUUGUGUGGUAAGUUCUUUAUGUAAAUUGUGAAUAGGUAUAUAUCAUUUGGUUGUGUUGCUGUAUCUGAUUUAUUUACCAGGAAUCCAAUGAACUCUGGCUCAGCUCAGGGCUUUUCAAGGACACAAAUCAAACCUCACCGAAAACAUGAAACUGUAGUGUGCCCAUACCAUAUUUGAUUGUGACCUGUCUGCUGUGGUCUGGAGGUUUGUAGCUCUUCCUGUCUUUUUUCCUCUGGAUUUGUGUUCCAAUUACAGUCCAUUUCACUGUAAAUAUUGAAUAAUUGUAUAUGCUCAGAGUUUAACUUGAUUUGUGUCACUAGACUUCUUCCACUGUGAGAAUCUUGUUUGGAAACGUUUCGUUGUAUAAUCUUCUCUAGACUGGGAAUCUAUAACUAUAUGUGGACCUUAUUUAACCAAUGAUGCUUUCUCAUGGUUUGUUCUCAUAUAAAGUGUGGCAUCUGGUCUUGUGCUUUCUCAUUAACACUCUGCCUACAAACAUUCUGUUGCGAGCUUGGAAUUGUGUAAAUGCUGCUGUGUAGCAGAGGUGUGAAAUGGCUAAAGUUCUUGUUUUGAUGCAGGCACCACCUGGUUGUGUGAAUAAUUACAAAAAAUGAUAUUUGUACUUACAGUGGAUGCAGAUGGUUGUCACAGUGCUUUAGGUGUGAGCAGACCUUCACACCUCUGACCCUGUGAGCUCUGCUGGAGCACAGAAACAAAGGAACAGACAAAAGUAACUACAGAUUUGUAUUUGCAUAGAUGUCUUUCUUCUUUUAUUGGGGUAGGCUACUACUGGGAUGUGCUUCCUAUAUUCUCUGACAAUAUAAAAAAAGUAAAAAACCAUACGGGUGCAGUAUAACUUUUCCUUUCUUCUAGUUAUGUUUUGUGAGGAAAAAAAAAACAUGAUAAUUUAUUUGUGUAUAAUUUGCUUAUAGGUUGUACGUUUUGUAAAUUGAUUAUUAAUAUAUGUGUAUUUAUUUGGGUAUUUAAUUUUUGGCUUUAAAUAUCUAAUUUAUUGUGCCAAAUGUAGUAAACUACUGAAAAUGGAUAGACAAUGGCCACAGCAAGACUUCACUUUUUUAAAGAAGGACAAAAACACUGCAAUCCGGUGCACAUAACGUAAGACCCUUUCUGCACUCUUCCUACCUCUUCUGCUAUACUUCUGGUUACGGUGAAGACAGCCCUGGUAACACAUAAUCUUUUGAAAUGAAGUUGAAAUGCUGUAGAGAUUUACAAGGUUCAUUUGUCCAACACCUUGUGUGAAGAGAGAGACUUGAUUUGGUUGUUUUAUGCACUUAGGUCAUCAUUAGCAGUCUUAUUCUUGUGUGCUGAGUGCACUAGGAGAAAAUGGUUACAGUAUUUAAGAAAUAUGUGAAGCGCCAAGAAGAAUAUUAGGAAGACAUGAAAUGUCACGAGGUUGUGUCUCACUUCAAAUUUGGUGUUCCAGAUCUGUGUUUCAUUGUCCCAACUUAAACCAGAUUGCAGUGUUACUUGAUACUGUGUUCCCGUGAUACUGUACAGUCAGCCUGUAUUGGUAUGCCUAUAAUGAGCAUGUACACUAUCGCUUAAAAAGUGGGGUUUUAUUUCUUUCAUUGUCUGUAUUUAAGGAAGAGGCUUUUGUGUGUCUGAGAACCGAAGAAACCUGCUCUACAUUUUACUGUGUGAGACUGGUGGUAUUGCUGUGAAACAUUACUAAUAAUGAGAAUAUUAGCAACAAUAAUAAUAUUCACAAAGAAAAAAAACAAACAGAAGUAAAGUUUGCUCAUGUUUGAAUUGUACUCCGUGUGAACAUUCUGGUAAAUCUGCAUCACCAGAAUAGUUUAUUAAAAUAUGUUUUGUACAAAUUUA